CACACACUACCCAUUGUAAGAAAAGUCUAAAGAGGCAUUCAAAACUGAAACAUCUAGAGAGAGAGAGAGAGAGAGAGAGAGAGAGAGAGAGAUUUGGGUGUGUGCAAAUCUUGAAUGGCUGGAUUACAGAGAUCUGCAGUGUCAUUCAGGCGACAGGGAUCCUCGGGAUUAGUAUGGGAAGACAAAUUCUUGAAUGAAUUGACGCAAAUGGCUAAUCAAAAAGAUGAAACUGAAAACAAAGCUCAACAAGAACAACAAGAAGUCAAUGAAGAACCACCAGCAGCAGCAGCAGCAACACCAUCUAGGAAUUCAUCCAGAACCGCCGGAUUGACUAUCGAAAGGAGCCGAUCCAACGGCGGAGGAAGGGGAUACCGUACCGGCAGAGUGUCUCCGGCGAUAGAGCCUCCUUCCCCCAAGGUUUCGGCUUGUGGGUGUUGCAGCGCUUUCGCGAAAAAGGACAAGAACCGCCGCCGGCCGCUCAAGUCCGGCAAGCGUAAGAUGUAAAAUUUAUGCAAAAGAUGGUGCUUCCCGGUGAUCAAAUUGUCAUAUUUUGAUGCUGCUCUUGUUAUUUAUCUUUCUUUUUUCUCUUUGUUAUCUUUCAUUUAUAGGAUUUAGGAAUAGAUCUAUGAAUUUUAAUCAGUUUGGGUUAAUAUAUAUGUGCAUAAUGUUGUUAUCUUGGAGAUUUUUACAGAUUUUAAGGUUUUCGAUGUUUUCAA